UGAACAGCAGUUUCAUGCCACUGUAGAUUUGAGGGUGUGUUUUUCAACACUGACCGCUAGAUGACAGCAACCGACCGCUUAGUUUCGGACAACAGCAAUAGAAGGAGAAGAAGUCGAGUUGAAAUAUUCGUUAGACUGAUGCAUACAACAAUGUACAGUAUUCUGUUCAAUACUGUUUUUAGUACCACAUUAGCCAGUGGCUAAAUCGUGUAGAUAUGUCGUAUUUGUUCGACACAAGACAUCGACGGUCGGUGUAUCGCUAACGCCUAACUCCCCAAAUCUCAGCUCUCAGCUCCAGUUCUUUCCCAGACCUGAGGUGCUGAGAUCAAGAUGCUGCUGAAGAUGCCCCAGAAGCUGCUGAAAACUGCCCACUACAUAGAGCUGGGUAGUUACCACCACUGGCCAGUGCUGAUACCCCAGAGGAUAAGACUGUACACCUACGAUCAAAUCCCCCUGUUCCUUAAAGAAAACCCGUACAUCACUGACGGAUACCGGGCUCACCUGCCCUCCAGGCUCUGUCUGAAGAGUGUUUUCAUUCUGUCCAAUGAGACGGUGAACAUCUGGAGCCACCUGCUGGGCUUCCUGCUCUUCUUCUCCCUGGGGGUCAACGACCUCUCCUCUGUGUUGCCCUCCUCUGGAGCCAACAGAGAGGACUAUGUUAUUUAUGCCAUAGGACUCUUCUGCUUUCAGGUGUGUAUGCUGUGUUCUGUGGGGUAUCAUCUGUUUUCGUGCCACCGCUCGGAGAAGACGUGCCGGCGCUGGCUGGCUCUGGACUAUGCAGGCAUCUCCGUUGGCAUCCUGGGCUGCUACGUGCCUGGAAUCUUCUACGCCUUCUACUGUAAUGCAUUUUGGCGACAGGUCUACCUCCUGACCGUCCUCUCCCUGAUCCUGGCCGUCUUCUGCGCUCAAGUCCACCCAGAUUACCUCAGCAACGACUGGAGACGCAUACGAAUGGCCAUCUUCUUCUGUGUGGCCGGCGUCAGUGUGAUCCCAGCAUGCCACUGGGUGUGGCUUAACGGUGGCUUCACCUCUGAUGUAGUACAGGUUUUCCUGCCUCGGGUGGUGGUGAUGUACCUGAUCGCUGGAUCGGCCUUCCUCUUCUACGUCACCAAAAUUCCUGAGCGCUACUUUCCUGGCCAGAUGAACUACCUGGGAGCCAGCCACCAGGUGUGGCACAUCCUGGUGGUUGUGAUGUUCUACUGGUGGCACCAGACGGCUGUGUACAUCAUGCACUUAAGACAUAGUCAGCCCUGCAGCAGCAGCAGCAGCAGCAGGAGUUAAGUACAGAACAAAUAUCCAUAGAAAAAAGAAAAGUUAAAUUUCAAUGGUUGUUUG